AUAAAUAUUGUUUUUCUGGAGGCUGGUUGCCUUGGAAACACUUACGUUUUGGAAUCAAACACCAAGUAAGCUUUGGCUACGCACCAAAGCAAGAAGCUAGCAAACAACACGGAGGAUAGGUUUCUGGAUAGUGCACCUCUCAUGUGGAAGAAUUGGAUUCCGUUAUCAGAUUCUAUCUCCAGUUACGUCUCCGGAGACUCAACACACCUGCCACUGACACAUUUACUAUUGACACCAAGCGCCAUUAUUCUUUGUUUUUUUUAAAAACUGCUUCGUGUUAGCUAGCUAAGUAUGUCAGGGAGAAGUGAUUUGCCAGCAACAAAAACAAUAACUGUCUACAGGAACGGAGACGCUUUCUUCCCCGGAAGGAAAAUAGUUGUGAAUCCGCGGCAGGUGUCAACCUUUGAGAGUUUUUUGACCUCUUUGACCAGAGGUAUUGAAGCUCCGUUUGGCGCCGUGAGGAGGCUGUACACACCUGCACAGGGCCACAAAGUUAAGCGUUUGGACGACUUGAAUCACGGGAGUGUAUACGUUGCAGCCGGAAAUGAGCAGUUCAAAAAGCUGGACUAUUGUGAGAUAACAACCAAGAAACCAGAGAAUAAGAAGAAAGAACAGAUCCGGCCUGUUGUUCACAGCAGAAUAGUAGCUUCUGCUCGCUGGAGGAGAACUACUGAUGAGUCUUGCACAAUAAAUGUCUUUACCAACGGAGAUGUUUUGGUGCCUCCAACUCGAAUACGGAUCCCAAAGUACACUCUCAGAAACUGGGAAAAUGUUUUAGCCAUGGUGACAGAUAAAGUGCAUCUUCGUACAGGUGCUGUGUACAGGCUUUGCACAUUAGAGGGAGAUCCUGUCUGCGGUUCCACUGAACUGGAGAAGAACCAGCACUAUGUUGCAGUUGGUGCAGAAAAGUUUAAAGCUCUCCCAUAUGACCAGUGGGUCCAUAGGGAUUUAAUCUUGGAGAACAACACAGUCGAAAACCAAGACAUCCUGCCUCCUAUUAGAAAGACAAGACAUGCAAAGGAUGCGUUUGCUCACACAGGCUUUAGAAAGGACCUUGAGCACACAGCCAGAGGCCAGAUGAAGAAACACACAGCCAAGCCAGAGAGAACCAAACAACAGAGGCAGCUGUCCAGAAACCCAGUACUCUUCUCGACAGGGGAGGGCAGCGUGUUCAGUGCGCAAAACAAAAGAAGUGAGAUGGCAGGAGCAGCAGAGGUGCAGGAGGACCGCCAGGUGAAAGUGGACCUGCCAAUUGAUCAGGUUGAGGCCAAGACAGUUGAAGAGGAGUAUGAAGACAGGAGUUGUUCUGCGAGUCCCUGCAAGGCCCCCCUCCAUGAUUCAGACGUCUUGUGUCUGCAGAGGUCUUUGUCUCAAGGUUCCAGGAAGGAUUGCAACCCUUCUUCAGGGCAAGGAGAGUCAGUAGAAGUCACAGGGCACAAUACUGGCACUGAAGACACAGGAUUAAAGACACCUGAGCCCCAGGAGGCUAAAGAGAAGGAGGUGUCUUCCAGGCUCUGCAGAAUACAGGCACGGAUGUCCUGGUUUUUCAAGGGAAAGAUGAAACAUUAACAUCCCUUGUUCUGAUCUGCAUGGCAUUCAUUCAAAAGGAGCAGAAACAGGUGUGGGAGCGGGCGUGCGAGUCUGGGACAGGCGGAGUCCUCGCUAACCCUUCUCCUCUAAUUGCUGUGGAUGCCAGUAUGCUCGCUCUCCGCUGCCUUUCAUAACAGUUGGUGUUUGGCAAGAGGCUUUUAUGUUGAUUUUAGCUGACGCUUUGCUACUUAUUGUGUCUCUGUCAAAAGAAUAAUUUUGCAUCCUUAGUUGAACUGAAAUGUGCGCGUCCCUUGUGGAUGUGGAUGCCAACUGCUCCAAGACACACUACAGUGAAACAAGCCACUUUUGAAACUUCCAGCAACAAUCUGAUGUUGAUUUAGUAUUUUUCUGUAACUAUUUACAAGAAACUUCUGCACACAGAGAAAGAAACAGAGGCACUGCAGGACAGCUGUGGGGAUUAAACAAUGUAUGAGCAGUCUUACUGGUUUCAACAACUCCUUAGGCCUUAGGCAUAUAGGGCUAGUUAUUUCCAUGUUGACAACAAAGAUAAUCAAAUUUUUGCUUGCUGUAACAUGUUAAGAUCUUAAAUCAUCAUAUCAGUCACUUCCUGUCAUAUUAUACUCAAGCUUUGUUCUGGAGCAACAAUGCGUUGGUUUUCUGAUUACACCUCACUUAUAUUUGUUAUAUUCGACCCUUGACAGCCUCAGCUCCAAACUUAAAUUUUUACUCCUCUGUCUGCACAUUUUCUCUGCGAGGCUCAUAUUCCAGAUCAUGUGGAACCGUAUUUAUUGUCGCAGCUUAUUUAAAUAAUCACCGGCAUGUCAAUGCACAUUAUGGUCCUCUGUCAAGGUAAUAACACAUUGUCAUUGCUGUUGGGAAGCAAAUAUUAAACCAUAGAUCAAUGUUUAACAAUGCAUAAUGGACUGGAUCUGCAUGUUCACGCUUCCAUUUCAGUUGGCCUUCGGCUAUAUUAGAAUAAUUUAAUGCUCCAAAUAAUAUGAAAAAAAGCUGGUGUUAUUAUUGCUUUUUUGAUAAAUAGUUAAGGGAAUCAGUGUUACAUGUAUUAUGGAAUAUGAGGUUGUUUGCAUGUGACAGUCAUUUGACUAUGAUGUUAGUGAGUUGGUGCCUUUGCCUUUGUAAAAGCAGUGGAGUAACAAAAACUGUGUAAAGCAGAAGCACAUAUAUAAACUAUAUGUGAAUCAUUCUAUUUGAUUUAUUUACACCUCUGAACAGUUUAUCAUAUUUAUAAUGAAACAAUAAGGUGUGAGUGAUUUUUACUGUUUGUCCUAUGGAGACCAUAUCUAGGAUUGUGUUUUUUGCUAAUGUCAUAUUCAGGACAUUCUGGCACAUGCUUCACCGAAUGUUAUUAUUCUAUAUCAAAAAUUGCACAGAUACAGUAUGAAAGAUUUAAAACCGCAAUAACUGAUUUUUGUGGUCACUUGGCGGCUCUGGAAACAAGCUGUAAACACUGGAUACUGAACACACAAUACACCAUGUUAUCACUUUUUAAAUUGACAUGGCAAACUUGGUAGCAAGCAGGUGCCUAUGUGCACAUCCACCAGUUAUGGAGAAAUGUUAUCAUUCAUGUGGAGUUGUAUUACUGGUCACCAUGGCAAAUGUAUGUCCAAUAAAAGUCCAGUAUUCACUCUCUAUUAAGUUCAGUUCUGCUAAAUGCUUCGGUAAGUUCACUAGCUAUUCGCUAACUUUGUAUAUUUGCUGUUUGUGUGUGCCUUGAGAUAACUUUUGUUGUGAUUUAUAAAUAAAAAUGGACUUGU